AUGGCUGCCAAUAUACCCGCGAAGCUGAAAGCUGCAGACAUCACCCGUUUUGUCACUCGGGCGUCGCAGCUCGAGAAAGCAAGGCCCGUGAUAUCAUACUGGUGCAACUACUGGGCUGUGAACCAGAUAUUAUCCAAGGGCCUGCACAACUCAGAUAGCGAAUGUUUAAGAUACACAACGGAGCUUAUGGAUAAGCUGGAGAAGUUUAAAUCUCAACAUGUUGACGACGAUACUGUUACAGAUGAUGCCGCCGGACAAGCCUAUGUGGAACAAUUCGGAUUAGAGACCUUCCAGCGGGCUGACAACGCUGUUCGGGCCAACAGGGCAUCAUUACAAACUGCGGAUACCUUCCAAGCUGCGGCAACCUUUCUAGAACUAUGCCAGAUAUGGGGACCGGCUGAGCCGGAAAUAGCUACCAAGAUUAAGUUUGCGAAAUACCAUGCCUUGCGCAUUGCCAAAGCACUUAAAGCCGGAGAGGACCCGAACUUAUCAAACCCAUCAAGGGAAGAGGAAGAGAUGCCAAAUGACGUACCUAGCUUGGAUCCCAAUGACCCGGAGGUUCAAGCUCUAAAUAACCCGUCAUCGCAGUCAGCACCAGAAGUAAAAUUGCGACAACCAUCCGUAGAAGAUGUUACAGACGAAUUUUACAAUGAGGAAAAAAGAUUAGCGCACCAGUCCUCUCUGAACGAAUCCCUCCAUCCAUCCAGAGCCUCCUCGGUUCCCCCCUUCCGACGACCGGAAUCAGGCAUUGUCACAGCUGCAUCCAGUACAGGACUUCCAAGCCCACCUUCGUACUCAGCUGGUAUGAUGGACCUAAGCCCUGACGCGCGCCAGCGCCCUUCACACCUCUCUCAAGCAUAUGUUCCUGACCUUCCUGCAGCCCCCUCCGACUUCCCCUCACCCGCGUCAAGCUCCCAGGACCUCCCCGCAACAGGUACAGGAGGCUUUUCUGAGCGAAGAACUUCCCUAAGCACCUUCCAAUCAUUCCCGGCUCCAACAACGCAACCUUCAACGGACAUUCCUGGACCCGCAAUGGGAUCCCCACCUCCCUCUGGAUUUGAUGGAUGGAUGCGGCAGGCGCCUCCAACCACUGCUCCACCCACUAGUAUCCAGCCCACAAAACCUGUGCAGGGCGCAAGCUCGUACCCCAACCAGCCACCAGCCCAUGGAGUAGAUGAGGACGCAAUUGCAAAGGCGCAAAAGCAUGCCCGAUGGGCUGUGUCAGCGCUGAAUUUUGAUGAUGUGCAGACCGCAAUUAAGGAGUUGACGAAUGCACUGAAUAUGUUGGGUUCUAAGUGA